UCAACGUUUGAUGGCCGCCUCACUCUGUUAAGUUCAAGAUGUCGAGAGUGUACGUUGGUCGGAUACCUCCUAGAUGUACUGAGAGGGAUAUCGAACGGUUCUUCAAAGGAUAUGGCAGGUUGAGAGAUAUCGUUCUAAAGAAUGGAUAUGGAUUCGUCGAGUUUGACAAUGAGAAGGAUGCAGAUGAUGCUGUUUACGACCUUCAUGGUAGAGAUCUAAGGGGCGAGCGUCUGAUCGUUGAACACGCCCGUCUUCCACCAGGCACCAGAGGUGGCAGUAGAAGAGCUGGUGGAGGUGGUGGUGGUGGAGGAGGUGGUGGUAGUGGUCGUGAUCGCAGGUACGGCCCACCAACUCGCACGGAGUACCGCGUUAUUGUUGAGAAUCUGUCAUCGCGUGUAAGCUGGCAGGAUCUAAAAGAUUUGAUGCGUAAGGCUGGGGAGGUCACCUAUGCAGAUGCUCACAAAUCGGCAAAGAAUGAUGGAAUUGUUGAGUUUGCUGCUUAUGCGGAUAUGAAGGAGGCGAUUGAGAAGUUUGAUGGUUAUGAACUUUACGGGCGCAGGCUUCGUGUGUAUGAAGAUCGUCCAGGCCAGAGAUCUCGAUCAGGUUCUUACAGGUCGCGAUCUGACAGUCGCCGACAUUCCCACAGAUCGCGAAGCCGAGAUUCCUAUCGCAGAAGGGAAUCCCGAAGCCCAAGACAUCGACGCGACAGGUCUCAUUCAAGUGAUGAACACCGGUCGGAAUCUCGUCACGAUUCCCACAGACGCUCCAGGGAAAAUUCCAUCGACAGAGAGUCUAGGAGUCCGUCGCAUCGUUCAAGGUCAGACCGUUCUCAUGCAAGAUCUCUUUCUCAGCACAGUGACAAACACUCAUUGGGUGCUGGUUCUCGCUCUCCAAGUUGUAAUGGUAGAGAAGGCAGCAUGAAGAAUGAUUUAGAUCGGCGCUCCAGGUCACGUUCUGCUACACACUCACGCUCAAGAAGCAGGUCGCGUACAGUUGAUUCAAGGUCUCCUGGUCGUUCUCGUACACGCUCCCGUUCUGCAUCUCGAUCGCGUUCAAUGUCACACCGCAGUGAGUCUGGCACGCCAAGACGAUCAGAUGAGGAAAUGGAUGGUAGAAGCAAUGGUGACCACGGUGCUCGGGAUCGAGAUUCUGAUGAAUAA